ACUCUUAUUUCGCGCUUUCCUUGCGCCCACACGCGCCGCAGCUGCACCGCCUCCGAUCCGCUUCCGAGUCCGCGGCACGUCCGUCCCGAACCGCCAGAGAAAUCAUGUCGCAAAUACAAAAGUCCAGCUCCUCGUCCGCAUCCUCCGCCGCGAGCAUCCCGCCGGAGCACAUCAUCGCCCUCCCCAGCCUCUCCUGCCAGCUGUCCUCCCUCCCCGCCGCCAAGAGCAUCGACAGCGUCUCCCUCCACCCGACCUCCAUGUCCGCACAGCGCGCCGCGGAGAGCGAAGCGAAGCUGCGCAAGCUUCUUUCGAAAAACGGGGCGCCGCAAUCGGGCGCGUCGUCAACAACGUACGCGUCGCAUCCACAUGCGCGCGAUCCGGCGUCCGGCUCGCCUCCGCUCAUGAUGCGGAAACCGGUGAGUCGCGCGGCACGCUCUCUCGUCGUGCACCUUCCUGACGCGCUGCGCCGACAGGUGAAGAAAGUCCACGCUUAGCUUCGCCGCCGCCACACCCCACACCCGCCAUAGACGUCUUCUCAGACCGAGAGAGAGCUCUCUCCGUGUCUUGCCUUCCGACCCGCACCGGGACUCUGCUGCGCGCAGCGCACCCCACUAUUAUGCCACGCCGCACAAAAGCUCUCCAUCGCACAUCUCAUCUCUCGCUUUGCAUCACUAGACGUUCUCGUUCUGUUUCGCGUACCUAGGC